CAGCUACUACAGAGAACGUCGGCUGGGGCAGCAUGAUUGAGUCUAGCUUCAAGACUACGAUCUAUUGUUCUUUCACCGAGCGGUGUGGUCAUCCAGAUAUUUCCUCGCCCUCUCUCCAAUCGGCCUGCGAGGCUCUUGUUAAAGAUGGGUGCGCCAACCCAUAUGUUGGGAGCGACUUUUUUGGCGGAGUGGGAUUCACUGCCAAUAACAAAUUAGCCUCCUGUAUGGAUUCAGCACCUUUGACAGUCGAGGGCUGCCAGGAAGGGCUCAGACGUGCAGCAAGCUAUGUUGACAGCCAAAUAGCAUUGAAAGGUGACCGGGCGUGUGGAGGCUUCGUAAAUAUAGCGAAUGCGAAUGGCGACGAGGCGGGGGCUAUUAUAGUGAGCGGCACAUGCAUGCCUGAUUAUUCCAACAUAAUCAUCCCAGCAUAAUGGUGCCCACGGGAUCAUAGAGGAUUAGAGGAGUCUGCAGCGGCUUCCCUCCUGAGUGUUUAGUAUUGAUUGCUCUAAACUCUAUAAAAUGGCUUUAGUGAUGGAUGAAUCAGGCUCCAGCUAGGUUGUCAUCAUAGACAAAUCAACUCUUGGCACUGUUUUCUCUCACAACUGUAACUGCCCGAUAUGUUUCUUAGACCUGAUAUUCUAGCCAGGGUUACCUCGAAACGCCAUUAUAUGCUGUCAAGAAAAAGCACGGAGCUUUGAAGAUGAU